UCCAAUUUCGACUACAAUUACAUUUGCUCGGAGUGAAAAGUCCUACCAAAAACCCUUGCUUUCAUUCGAUUCUCUCUUCCCAAGCAGACGGGAAAGGGGAAUUCCAUGGCGGGCGGUCGAUUCAGAGAGCUACUGAAGAAGUACGGGAAAGUAGCACUAGGGGUUCACUUCUCCGUCUCCGCCGCUUCCAUCACGGGGCUCUACGUCGCCGUCAGGAACAACGUCGACGUCGAGUCGGUCUUCGACAAGCUCCAUCUCCCGGGGCUGUCGAGCAAAGAAUCCCCCACCGCCGAGCAAAUCCAGGAGCAGCAAGCUCCUCGGCCCAGCGGCGGCGGGAUCGAAUCGGAGUCGCAUCGGGCGCCGGCGGAAUCGACGACGGUGGUGGUGACUGGCGAGGAGGAGAGGAAAGGGAGGAGUCGGGUGGCAGAGCUCGCUGCUUCGAGCGGGGGCGCGCUCGCUCUGGCUUUGCUGUUCAACAAGGCGCUGUUCCCGAUUCGGGUCCCGAUUACACUCGCGCUGACGCCUCCCGUUGCGAGGGCUUUGGCCAGGAGAGGAAUGAUCAAGAACAGUACUGAUAAUAGUGAAAGAUUCUAG